UCCACGACCCCGGACGGAAAUGAGGGAAGCGGAGAUAGCAUCAGGUAUAUCGCAUCUCCCGAGACAGAUGAGCUGGCACACCAGCUUCCCAAUCCAGAAACCACGGGUAUCUAUUCUUCAUCGGUCCGCCGCUUAUUUAUUCCCCGACGGCAAUCCCGUCAGCUCCAUGUCCCCUCGUCUUCCUCCCAAACUCCUGUCAUGUCUCUGGUCCUACUCCUGAAUCUCGCAGUGGCUCUUGUGUUGGUCACCAAAAGGCUGCACCCUCGCUUGUUGGAGCGCCAUGCCCACACAGCCUGACAGCCAUCUUGACUGGGCAGGGCACCGGAAGCAGAUCGAGGAUUUGUAUUGGAAGCAACGGAAGGAGCUUCCAGAGGUCAUGGAGACCAUGCAGUACCUGCACGGUUUCGUUGCAACGAAGAAGAUGUACAAGAAGUACCUCAAGGCUUGGGGUUUGGAGAAGAACCUCAAGACACGGGAGUCGAUCGCUAUGCUCAAGAUCGCCGAGCGACGUCGCCUCGCCAACAAGGAGACACACUUCUUCCGUCAUGGCCAGCUCGUGGAUCCCGGGAAGCUCCGGCGGUUCGCCAAGCGUCACAAGUUGAUAGGGGAUGGAGCAGCGGCUCAGUUGGCGGAUCAUGAGGCGACAACUCCGCCAGACAUCAUGUAUACAACACCGGAGCCCGACAAAUCCAGCGACCCCCUGCCACCAGCGCCUCAGCCUUACGCCACCCAGACAAUGAGCGACGCGAGCCCGGCAGCUAUGCAAGACUCGCCUCAAUACCGUGAUAUUGACAGCCCAGUGGCAAUACCGAUGUCCUGGCCUUCUAACCACACGCACCCAGAUAGCGGAGCAUCAGCAGGCCCCGUUCACAUAGGUGCCCAGUUCAUUCCUAAUAACUUCUCCGCUCAUCACGGGCCAGAAGAUUCGCACGACUCACGAGCCGAUAUGGAUUCCGCAUUCUUCCUACCGCCCUGGCCGGCUUCUACCGCCACACCACGCUCCGGAUAUCAAGCCUCGAGUGACGGGACAUACGCUUAUUAUAGCCCUAUGCCACUGCUGCUACGGCACCCGAUACACCACCCGGUAGUCGCAGGCUUUGAACCGCAUGGACCAUGCAUUUCAAGCAAUCACGCCGUCGUCGUGACCCACACGAUGCCGAGAAUGUCCAGCGCCUACGACCACCACACGCGGCCGCCCCAUCCGACCAGCACAAUCCCCGAGGCCAAUGACACAGCCUUGGACCAUACGCCACUACACGAUGCUGUGCUUUCUAGCGAUGUCGAGCUGGCCAGAGCCCUGCUUGAAGACGGUGCCAACGUCAACUGCGCAGCCCGUGGCGGCAUGACACCGCUGCACUACGCGGCAUAUCAACGAAACGUCGAGUUGGCACGGCUUCUACUAGCCUACGGAGCCAACCUGGACGCCAUGACGGACAAGGACCGGUCGGUUCUCUUCUUUGCCGUCCGCGGCCCGAGCCACUCGAACUGCAGCGAGAUGCUAGCAUACAAGAACCACCACCUGCACCAGAAACCACCCGUGGGGAGCGACUCCCAUACCACCACAGAUGACGACGACGCCACAAUGCGCAUGCUCGGCGCGCUCUUUGACUCGCCCUCCGGGUGGGUGCGUCUGCGCCGGAGCUUCGAGAAGGCUGACAGGGAGGGCGUGACCCCGCUGAUGGUGGCUGUGGAAGCCGGGUUUGAAGACACGGUGAGGCUGCUGCUGCGGCGGGGCGCACGGCCGGACGUGAAGGACCGUGCGGGCCACACGGCGCUCCGGUACGCAGCGCGGAACAGCCACCGGACGCUGGUCCGGCUGCUGCUCGAGGCGGACCCGGGUGUCGUCAUCGACCGUGAUUUGUCGCAUCUCCUCAAGCUGGCUAGCAGGAACUUUGCUGAUUGCCCUGCGGCGAUGGAUACUGGUUGUUGUGGGAAGGAGGAGGAUGAUGGUGAUGAUGGUGGUUUCGCGUCUACGCUUAUUGCCGAGGAGAUGGUGCGCUUGUAUUGGGAGAUGGACCUGCUGGAUCGCCUGCUCAAGCUGGCGGACCAGAGAGGGAAGAGCAACGUGCUGAAGCUGCUGUUGUGUGCUAUGAAGCGGAUGGAUAUGGACAGGACGGGACUCGCAACGGGCCACUGGGUCUUGAGGCCUGCAUCUUUGCCUUCGCCAACGAUCCGAUGAACUAGAGGCACGGCUUGGAACACGGGAAGAGUUCGCUCGCUCCUUCUCUCCGGCGACAGUUUUGCGUAACCGGUAUAUAGAAGGUUCCGACGAUGUCUAUCUCCGACGACCCCUGCACAACCAUCCUGCCCGAGCGCGGGUUACGCCGAGUCUGCUCACCGGACAUCCAACAUCUCGUCUCGUAGCCCUUGCCCGUUCCUCCCGCAGGCGAAGUUAAGACCCUCCCUCCG